AUGGCAGAGGCCAGUAUUUCAGUAGAUCAGGACCAGUUCAGCUGUCCAGUCUGUCUGGAUCUGCUGAAGGAUCCAGUGGCUAUUCCCUGUGGACACAGUUUCUGUAUGGUGUGUAUUAAUGGAUACUGGGAUCAGGAGGAUCAGAGGGGGGUCUACAGCUGCCCCCAGUGCAGAGAGACUUUCACUCCAAGGCCUGUUCUACGCAGAAACAAUGUUAUAGCUGAAGUGGUGGAGAAACUGAAGAAGACAGAACUCCGAGCUGCUUCUCCUACUCACUGUUACGCUGGACCUGGAGAUGUGGAGUGUGAUUUCUGCACUGGGAGAAAACUCAAAGCCAUCAAGUCCUGUUUGGUUUGUUCAGUUUCUCUUUGUGAAACUCAUCUUAAGCCUCAUCUUCAAAUUUCUGCUUUGGAAAGCCACAAGCUGGUCAUCGCCUCCCCAAGACUACAAGAGAAGAUCUGCUCUCAGCACAACAAACGGAUUGAGAUCUAUUGUCGUACUGACCAAAGAUACAUCUGUUAUUUGUGUAUGAUGCAUGAACACAAAGGCCACGAUACAGUUGCAGCAGUAACAGAGAGAGCUGAUAAACAGAUUCAGCUAAAAGAGAUACAUCAGGAGGCCCAGCAGAAAAUACAGGACAAAGAAAGGAAUCUAGAGCAGCUGAAACAGACUGUAAACACUCUUAAGAGCUCUGCACAGACAGCAGUGGAGGACAGUGAGAGGAUCUUCACUGAGCUGAUCUGCUCCAUUGAGAGAAAGCGCUCUGAGGUAAAAGAGCUGAUCAGAGCUCAGGAGAAGACUGAGCUGAGUGGAGCUGAAGAGCUCAUUGAACAGCUGGAGCAGGAGAUCGCUGAUCUAAAGAGGAGAGACACUGAGCUGGAGCAGCUUUCACACACAGAGGAUCACAUCCAUUUCCUCCAGAGUUUUCAGUUUCUCUGCGUCUCCUCUGAAUCCGAGGACUCACCCAGCACUCACCCUGUAAAUCUGCAUCUUUCAUUCGAUGAAGUGAAGAAAUCUCUCUCUCAACUGAAAAAGCGAGUAGAGGAAAUCAACAAGGAGGAAUUCAACAGAAUCGCUGAAAACGGUAAUCAUUUCACACAGGUCCGUAACUAG